AUGGCCGCCAAAGUUCCCACAGAAGAGCUCAACAAGCUCAGCGUGGCUGACGCCGACGGCGCCGCGAAUGGCAAGCCGGAUGCAAAGGCUGCUGCCAAUGGCAACCUAGCUGAAAACUCGGAUGCAGAAUCUGACGACGACGCCGAGGAUAAUGCCCCUGCCGCCGACGGAGAGGGAGCCGCCAAGAAGAAGAAGAAGAAGAGAAAGCCUAAGAAGAAGAAGAAGGCUCCCACCUCUCAAACCGACCCGCCCAGCGUGCUCAUGUCGCAGCUCUUCCCCAACAACACCUAUCCCAAAGGUGAAGAGGUCGAGUACGUCAACGAGAACCGAUACAGAACCACCAACGAGGAGAAGCGCCACCUCGACAACUUGAACUCGGACUUUCUCGCCGACUACCGACACGCCGCCGAGACCCACCGACAGGUCCGUCAGUGGGCACAGAAGAACAUCAAGCCCGGCCAGACCCUGACCGAGAUCGCCAACGGCAUCGAGGACAGCGUCCGUCGCCUGGUCGGACACGAUGGUCUCACCGAGGGUGAUGCCAUUGUCGCCGGUAUGGGUUUCCCAACCGGCCUGAACUUGGACCACAUUGCCGCGCACUACAGUCCUAACUUUGGAAACAAGACUGUUCUGCAACAGAGCAACGUGAUGAAGGUCGACAUUGGUGUCCACGUCAAUGGAAAGAUUGUUGACAGCGCCUUUACCAUUGCAUUCGACCCCAUGUACGACAACCUGUUGGCCGCCGUAAAGGAUGCCACCAACACCGGUGUCAAGGAAGCUGGUAUCGAUGUCCGCCUCGGAGAGCUUGGUGGAUACAUCCAGGAGACCAUGGAGAGCUACGAGUGCGAAAUCAAUGGCACUACGUACCCUAUCAAGUCCAUCAGGAACCUGAGCGGACACACCAUUCUGCCCUACAGCAUCCACGGCACCAAGAGCGUGCCGAUUGUCAAGUCAAACGACACGACCAAGAUGGAGGAGGGCGAUGUGUUUGCCAUUGAGACCUUCGGAAGUACCGGAACUGGAAAGGUUUGGGAUGAGGGAGAAGUCUCUCACUAUGCCUUGAAUCCAGAUGCCUCCACUGCCGGCCUGCGCGUUGCUUCUGCUAAGCCGCUCCUCAAUGUCAUCAAGAAGAACUUUGGUACUCUACCCUGGUGCCGAAGAUACUUGGACAGAAUCGGACAGGAGAAAUACCUGCUCGGCCUGAGCCACCUCGUCAAGACCGGCGUUGUCGAGGACUACCCGCCUCUUGUCGAUAAGAAGGGCUCUUACACUGCCCAAUUUGAGCACACUAUCUUGCUCCGACCGAACGUCAAGGAAGUCAUCAGCCGAGGCGAUGACUACUAG